AUGCGCCACACCGGACCGUCUCUACGCUCUCUCACCCUCUCCCGCGCACUUCCCGUGGCGACUGCCCCCAAACACCUUCGCGGCUGUUGCGCCAGCAGCACCAACAGCGGCGGUGGCGGCUGGAGCGUGGUGGUGAAGGUGUGGGAGGAGGAGGACGCGAGUCUGCAUCUCGCGCACAUCUCCCGCCACUGCACCAACCUGCGCUCGCUCUCAUUGGGCUACGUGUCACUCUCCGCGCCGACCCUUCUCGCCACUCUCCAGCCCAUGCCGGCCCUGCAGCACCUCAGGCUCUCGUGGUUCCACGCGUCUCCCGCCGCGCUGCGCGCCGUGCUUGACGCGGCGCCAAACCUCCGCCAUCUCACGAUUUUCAUGGCUUCCGGUUUCCCUUACCUAGAGUUGCGCCUUCCUCCAUCCCUGCAGCACCUAUCGCUCUCCUACAUUCGCGCGGACUCCGUAACGCUUCACUCCGCGCGCUCCCUCCAAUCCUUAUCUCACCGCGACAUGUUUCUCCGCGCGCUCUCCAUUCGCGACGCGCCCAACCUGCGCCAACUCGCCGUCGCCUCCGCCAACAGCCUGCUCGUCUCCGCGCCUCACUCCAACCAGCUCGCGGCGAUCGACCUCCGCGCUGGCUCGCUUAAUCGAGUCGCCGCCGAAACCCUCAUCUUCCACCGACACGUGUCUGCCGCCCUCAGCGAAACAGCGGCUCCAACAACUCGCAGCGAAAUUCGACCAAUUCGAACGCGCGGUGCUGAAUCUGAGCCACUCGCAGCGCUGCCUCGUUAUAAGCUGGUGGAAGCGGCUGUUAAGGUGUACGCGCGGCGGUCCCAGGGGCAGCUGAGGGAGGUGAUACUGGACGGAGAGGACGUGCGCGGCGAUGUGAUUAUAACGGUGCUUGCAGGCUGCAAGCAGCUCGAGAAGCUUUCUGUGAGGAUGUGCGCGCAUGUGAGCUCAUCACACAUAGUCACACUCCUACAGUCACAGUGGGGCGCACUGGCAGCGUCAACAGCAUCAUCAUCAGAAGCAUCACCGUUACCUUCACGGGCAGCAGCACCAUUGGUACCACCACCGCCGCCAGCAGCACCAUCAGCAUCGUCACCCCUGCUCGCAGAUUCCUUACCAGAGUCACCUCUUCCCACUCCUCCCACUUCCCUUGAAUCUACACAGCCUGCUACAUUUGAAUCUCCUCAACCUACUACCCUUGAGUCACCUCAGUCUACAACCGUUGAGCAACCUCAACCUUCUACCCUUGAACCGCCUCAAGUGCCCACAGCUGCAGCACCAGCGCCUACUCCCCGGCUGUGGCAGGUGCGCAUGGCAGGGACCGACUGCCCCUCUACAGAGGUGACUUUUGAGUCCAUUCAAAUGCCGCCUCCAGUCCCCACAGCUGCAGCACCCGCAUCUACUCCCCGGCUGUGGCAGGUGCGCAUGGCAGGAACCGACUGCCCCUCUACUGACUUCCUCUUUAUCCGUGACAUGCUCAAGCGUGCAGCUGCGAACCUUCCUGCUCCCAGACGUCCGGUAUCCGAACCUAGUUCCGCAGCAGCAGGUAGCUUUGGGAGCAGCAGCACCCCCAUCAGCACCGGCAGCACCGGCCUCAUUAGCACCUGUUCACAGAUACUCACAGACUCUGUGCUUUAUAAGGCUGGCAUUGCUAAACCGUCAGGUAAUUCAGGAAAUACUGGAUGUGACUAUAAUGAAGGGCUGUCUUUUGCGCCUUUGGAUGGAGCAUCUGUGAGGGGCUCAGCAUCUGAAGGGCUGCUUCGGGCAGGGGAAGCCAGAAGCUCGGACGCGUUUCCGGGCAGGAGGCUGCAGAUUGUUUCGACCUGCCCGUCAGUUCUGGACAUUGAUUUUUGCCCGCGGUGUGCAAAUAUACGGGCAGUUUUGGACUGCCCGACUAGCGUGCAGUGGCGGCAGCAUCUGGAGCGAGUGGCUGAGGAUUCAAGCUCCAUCAAAGUGCAAGCAACUGUUCGGUCUCUCCUUAAGCAGCAGGCCUGUCGUGGCU